AUGGGGGGCAAAUCUGCGAACAAGGCCGGCUACUUCGACAAGCUCAAGGGCUUGCUCGAGGAGUACAAGUCCAUCUUCAUCGUCACCGUCGACAAUGUCAGCUCUCAGCAGAUGCACGAGAUCAGACAGUCCCUCCGCGGACAGGGUGUCGUCUUGAUGGGUAAGAACACUAUGGUUCGCCGUGCCCUCAAGACCUUCAUCCCCGACUCCCCCGAGUACGAGCGCCUUCUGCCCUUCGUCAAGGGCAACGUUGGUUUCGUCUUCACCAACGGUGACCUCAAGGACAUCCGUGACAAGAUCCUCGCCAACAAGGUCGCUGCCCCUGCCCGUGCCGGUGCCGUCGCUCCUUCCGACGUCUGGAUUCCCGCUGGCAACACCGGCAUGGAGCCCGGCAAGACCUCUUUCUUCCAGGCCCUCGGUGUCCCCACCAAGAUUGCCCGUGGUACCAUUGAAAUCGUUUCGGACCUGAAGCUCGUUGAGGCCAACAGCAAGGUCGGCCCCUCCGAGGCCACCCUCCUUAACAUGCUCAACAUCUCCCCCUUCACCUACGGUAUGGGUAUUGCCCAGGUCUACGACCAGGGCAACACCUUCCCCGCCAGUGUCCUCGACAUCGGUGAGGAGCAGCUCCUGAAGGCUUUCGCCGGCGCCAUUACCACCAUCGCCGCCGUCUCCCUGGCCAUCAACUUCCCCACCCUUCCCUCCGUCAUCCACUCCUUCUUCAACGGCUACAAGAACGUUCUGGCCGUCGCCAUCGAGACCGAGAUCUCGUGGCCCGAGAUCGAGGAGCUCAAGGACCGCAUCGCCAACCCCGACGCCUACGCCGCUGCUGCCCCCGCCGCUGCUGCUGGCGGUGCCGCCGAGGCCAAGGAGGAGGCCAAGGAGGAGGAAGAGAAGGAGGAGGAGUCUGACGAGGAUGGCGGCUUUGGCGGUCUUUUCGACUAA